AUGGAUGCCACCCACAAGAUGUUUUGUAACAAAGAACUUGUUAACCCUCUAAACUCAAUGGGAAUGCAAGUGUCUUGUAUUCUUGUUGUGUCACACUUCUUCAAUGUUGUCCUUAGAACUGUUGGUCAACCUGGACCCAUUGCACAAAUUCUGGCUGGUUUGGUAUUAGGACCAAUGUCACAUAUUCCGUACAUAAAAGAAACAUUUUUUCCUGUGAAUUCGAUGAAUUACUAUGAAGUAGUGAGCUUCUUUUGUCGCAUAAAUUUUAUGUUUCUAUUUGGUUUAGAAAUGAAUAUUCACUACACAUUGCGAAAUGCGCGUACGGUGAGUUUGGUAGCAUGUGGGGGUACGUUAAUGGGUGCAAUAUUCGGUCUAUCGGUCUCUUUUUAUUUGUAUGAAGAGUUAGAUAUAAAUGCUCCAAUGCCAUCUUUUUGUAUGGUUAUAAUGUUAGUGGUAGCAUACACAAGUUCUCCGAUGGUGAUUCGUUUGACAGGAGAUUUAAGGUUUGCCGCAUCUGAUGUUGGUCGAAUCGCGGUGUCAGCCGCGUUGAUUACAGAAAUGGGUUGCUUGUUGUUUUUUAAUGUGAUGGUUAAUUGGAGUAGACCUUACCACAAUUCAACCGGUAUGGGUUGUCUCAUUAUUACAACUCUUGUGAUUUUUACUAAUAGAUACUUAGCAAUUUGGUUAAAUGCAAGACAUAGAAAUCAAAAGUACCUAAGAGCCCCUGAGUUAUUACUCAUUCUUUUUUUGCUUCUAGCUACCUCAAUGGUUAUAGAAAUUUGGGGUUACAAUAGUAUUAUUCAUUGUUUUUUUGUGGGAUUGUUAUUUCCUAAAGAAGGAAAAACAGCUAGAACAUUGAUUCAUAAACUUGGUUAUUCAAUUUAUAACUUUGUACUACCUGUAUAUUUUGGGUACAUGGGUUUACAAUGUGAUCUUGUAAAUGUAUUUAAGAGUUUGGAUAAGGUAACAAAUACAGCCAUAUUGAUUUUGUUGAGCAUUGGAAGCAAACUUGGAGGAACUCUUUUAGUUUGUCGUUACCUUCAUAUUCCUACAAGUGAAGGGAUUUUUCUUGGAUUUAUAUUGAACACUAGAGGUUAUGCUGACCUUCUAUUUGUGGCAGCUGCAUCAAAACAAAAUCUCGACACAGAAGCUUACAAUGUGUUGCUAGUAGCAAUAGUCAUAAACACAAUAAUAUCGGGAAUUAUUGUGGCUUUUCUAGCAAGGGGGGAAGAGAAAAUGUUUACAAAUAUUCAUACUGCGAUUGAACCACAGGAGAUGGAUGACGAGCUUCGAAUUUUGGCUUGUGUAUAUGAUCCACGACAGGUAUCAGCGAUACUUGCAACAGUACUAGCAAUACAUGGAUCUAAAGUAACACCUUCUACCACUUAUUUAAUGCACCUAAUAGAGCUUGUGAAGAAGAUCAAAUCCAAUUUAUUGUUCCAUGAAAAAGACAAUGCUGACCUUAGUGAUGAUGAUGACUAUGGUGGAAAUGAUGUGGUUGAAAUUAAUAAUUCCCUAGACGCGUUCACCGCAGACACAAAGAUUUUGGUUCAUCAAAGACGUGCAGUAUCGUCUUUUCCAAGUUUGUAUGAAGAUGUUUGCAAUGAAGCUGAAGAUCUUCAAGUAUCGAUUAUCCUUCUUCCUUUUCACAAGCAUCAACGAAUUGAUGGAAAACUAGAAAGCGGCAAAGAAGGUAUAAGGAUUACCAAUCAAAAAGUUCUUAGGCACGCCCCUUGUUCUAUUGGUGUCAUUAUAGAAAGAGGACUUGCUAAAGUCCCUGGUUUCUCACAAUUGAUUGCAUCUGAAAAUACGCAAAAUGUUGCAACACUUUUCUUUGGAGGCCCAGAUGAUCGCGAGGCUAUAGCUUGGAGUCUACGUAUUUCAAAAUGUUCUCGCGUUAACUUGACAAUCAUUAGAUUUUUGUUAAAUUCUUCCUCAAAUGAUGAACAUAUUGAAAGUGGAAUAAUCUCAGAUGAAAAAGAAAUUUUAAUGUCAUUAUCAGGAGAAGAGACCGUGAACGAGAUUGACAAUACAUUUAUGGUCGAUUUCUACAACAGAUAUGUUGCUUCAGGACAAAUUGGAUAUGUGGAAAAGUUUGUGCAAGAUGGAACAGAAACAGUUGAAUCUUUGAAAGAGAUUGGAGACAUGUACUCUUUAUUUAUAGUAGGAAGAGGUGGUAGAGGGAAUAGUUCAUUAACAAUAGGUAUGAGUGAUUGGGAAGAGUGUCCUGAACUUGGAACAGUUGGUGAUGUAUUGGCUUCUUCAGAUUUUGAUAUUCAUGGUUCUGUUUUGGUCAUUCAGCAACAUAGAGAUGCCAAGAAAGGCAUAAUUCAUGAUUAA